AUGCGGUCCAUCAAGCCCAGACACCUCCGCCGGCACCCCAUCCCGCGCCACCUCUCCUCCAGCCCUUCCGCAGCCCCUCAGAUCACGCCCAUCACCUCGCUCCUCAUAGCCAACCGGGGCGAGAUCGCGCUCCGGAUCAACAAGACCGCCGCCCGUCUCGGCAUCCAGACCACAACCCUCUACACGGACCCGGACGCCAGCUCGCAGCAUGCGGCCUGCUCGCCCCACGCCAUCGGCCUGGGCGCCGCGAGCGGCUACCUGGACGGCGAGCGCAUCGUGCAGCUGGCCAAGGCGCACGGCAUCCAGGCGCUGCACCCGGGGUACGGGUUCCUGUCCGAGAACGCGGCGUUCGCGCGCCGCUGCGAGGACGAGGGCAUCGUGUUCGUGGGGCCGCCCGCGCGCGCCAUGGCCGACAUGGGCGACAAGGCGCGCAGCAAGGAGAUCAUGACCCGUGCGGGGGUCCCGUGCGUGCCCGGGUACCAUGGGAGUGAUCAGGGCGAGGCCGAGCUGCUGGCGCAUGCGCGCGAGAUCGCGUUUCCGGUGCUGCUGAAGAGCGUCAAGGGGGGCGGGGGCAAGGGCAUGCGCAUCGUGCUGGAGGAGGGCGAGUUCGUGCAGCAGCUCAAGAGCGCGCGGGCUGAGGCGAGGGCGUCGUUUGGGGAGGGCGGCGAGGUCAUGCUUGUCGAGAGGUAUGUGGUGCGGCCGCGGCAUGUCGAGGUGCAGGUUUUCGCCGAUGAGCUGGGGAACUGCGUUGCGUUGGGCGAGCGGGACUGUAGUGUGCAGAGGCGGCAUCAGAAGAUUCUCGAGGAGUCGCCGGCGCCGGACUUGGAUGAGGCGACGAGGCUUGAUUUGUGGGAGAAGGCUCGGACGGCGACUUUGGCGGUGGGUUAUGUUGGCGCGGGCACGGUUGAGUUUAUCCUUGACAAGGACACGGGCGAGUUCUUCUUCAUGGAGAUGAACACCAGACUGCAGGUUGAGCACCCUGUGAGUGAGAUGGUCACCGGUACGGAUCUGGUGGAAUGGCAGUUCCGAGUUGCCGCUGGGGAGAAGUUGCCCCUGACCCAGGAGGAAAUCAUGGAGAGGAUAAAAGAGAGGGGGGCGGCGAUUGAAGCGAGGAUAUACGCCGAAAGCCCUGAGCGAGGCUUCAUGCCCGAUUCCGGGAAGCUCGUACACCUGACCACGCCCAAGACCGACGAUGAUAUCCGGAUAGAUGCUGGUUUUGUGGAAGGCGAUACGGUCACGGAAGCAUACGAUGGCAUGAUUGCGAAGCUGAUCGUCAGAGGUAAGGAUCGCGAAACCGCAAUCCGCAAGAUGGAGCUCGCUCUACGUGACUAUGAAGUGGUCGGUUUGAGCACCAAUAUCGAAUUCCUGAAACGUCUAUGCAGGUCACCGGCAUUCAUUGAAGGCGAUGUGGAGACAGGGUUCAUUGACAAAUGGAAGCAUGAGCUUUUCGACCCCGUGGUAGUAAAGCCCGAAGUGUACGUACAAGCGGCGCUCGGCGUAUCGGCCUCACAACCGGCCACUUUCGACGGUCCGCACGGGGGAUCUCUUGGGUUUGGUCAGAACGGGAGCGAGAGGAAAUUCUUCUUCAAAUCCUUGGACGUCCUGGAUGAGAAGGAGGGUGAAGUGGUAGAAGUCACCAUCGCCCAGAAGGGCAAUCAGCUCUUUGACGCCUCGGUCAGCCGCAAAGGCGAAGAGGCUCAGACGUUCGAAGACCUCGUCUCCUCACCCAUAUCUAUAUCGGAGAAGACCAGCCUCACCACCUUUUUCGCGGAAGCGAGGGUCGAAACGACUGUGGUGCAGGAUCCCAACAGCGACAACAAGAUCACCGUGUUCCAGCACGGCGCCAAGACGGAACUGUCCCUGGUGUCUCCGACGUGGUACGAGAAAGCGCUGGGCUUGAAGGAGGUGACGGCGUCGGUGGCGGCUCCUAUGCCGUGCAAGAUCCUGAAGAACGAAGUCAAGGAGGGCGACAAGGUUGCCAAGGGCGCGCCGUUAGUAGUGAUUGAGUCCAUGAAGAUGGAGACAGUCAUCCGCUCACCGCAGGACGGUGUUAUUAAGCGGCUGGCGCAUAAGGAGGGCGACAAAUGCAAAGCGGGCACGGUUUUGGUUGUGUUUGAAGAGGAUGGCGUUACUGAGUAG